GUUGAAGACUUUGAGAACUUGGGAUGCUCCAAAGUGUUAAAAGGAGAGUUCACUAGCUAGAAGAAGACCAAAAGCUUCCCAGUUCACAACACAACCCUAGCCAUAAAAAAAAAGCUAGCUAGGUUUCGAAGAUUUGAGGAUGAAUAUAUUGUGGCUGUGAUAUUGUUGUUGUGCUGAGCUUUAUAAUAUGUGUAUAUAUAUAUAUAACUCACAGCACACUUACUGACAUAUACAGAAUCAAUAUGUUAGUUCUGUUUCAGUCUCCAAGUGCUUUAUUCUUCUUCUUCUCCUCUUUUGCGUGUGCUUGAUCCUAUCUAAGGGGUUUUUGCAUCUGUUCUUUGUUCUCCUCACUUUGAUUGCUUCUUUUGUGUUCUUUUUGAUUCAUAUUAUCUUCAAUCAUCGAUCCUUGUCUCCUUCCUCCUCUCUAUAUAUCUCUCUUUACUUGAUUCCGUAAGCUACUACUUACUGCAUCUUAUUCUCCUCAAGCCCCCUCCAAACCCUAUUUCUCAGUCAAACGUUUCAUAGAUUUGCCUUCACUCAAAGAAACUAGUAGCUGAAACAAAGAAAGGCUAAACAAUUGGCAUCAGAGCCGAUUUCUUAAGAAGUGGUAUCAAAGCCGAUUACUUGACAGUUAGACUUUUCAGUUUCUCAGUUCAUAAGGCUGGCUAAUCGGUGGUGGACUGGAGUUCAGGUGGGGCUGCCGAGCAUCCACCCGGCAGAUACUUCACCGAUGAAUGAAAAGAGCGUCAGAAGCGCUUGCCAUGGCGACGAAGACGAAGACAGAGACAACCGCGACGAGCCUAAAGAUGGGGCGGUCGAGGUGGGUGCUCGAAGGCCCCGUGGCAGGCCUCCCGGAUCCAAAAACAAACCAAAACCUCCCAUUUUUGUCACCCGAGAUAGCCCCAACGCGCUUCGCAGCCAUGUCAUGGAGGUGGCCGGAGGAUCCGACAUCGCCGAGAGCAUCGCCCAAUUCGCCCGGCGGCGCCAGCGAGGAGUCUGCGUUCUAAGCGGAAGCGGGUUAGUGGCCAAUGUGACGCUAAGGCAGCCGACUGCCCCAGCGGCUGUGGUGACGCUUCACGGAAGGUUUGAAAUUCUUUCUCUGACUGGAGCCUUCCUGCCGGGUCCAUCGCCGCCGGGAGCCACCGGCCUGACGGUAUAUCUGGCCGGCGGGCAGGGGCAGGUGGUGGGGGGCUGUGUAGUCGGUCCACUUGUUGCGGCCGGGCCAGUUAUGGUUGUUUCGGCUACUUUCUCAAAUGCAACCUUUGAGAGGUUGCCUCUUGAAGAUGAUGAUGAAGGGGGUGGCACUGGGCAGGUUGAAUUAGCCCCCGCAACCGGCGGUUCAUCUCUGGCGGUUGGCCGGGCACAACAGCACCAGGGUCUGCCUGAUCCCUCUGCUCUUCCAUUUUACAAUUCGACUCCAAGUUUAAUGCCUAACGGUGGGCAACUUAGCCAUGAAGCCUACACUUGGACUCAUCCCAGACCUCCAUAUUGAUCAAAAUAGGGAGAGAAUUGCAGUGAUCCGAUUGGAUGGAUCGCCAAUUAUUAGGAAGAUAGAGUAAUAAUAUAUAACUUCAUCAUCCGAUCGAUGUUUCUGUGUUCUGCUGUACCGCUAGGUUUAAAUAAAAAGAAAGGAGGAGUGUAGAAGAGAAGACAAUACACUACUGCUCUUCUGUAUAUUACUUAUAUAAGUUUGUGUUGCUUCCUAUUUGGUGCUGCAAAUAAGAAAGGGAAAGAUGGUUUACAUCUUUUAGAUUAUUGCCCGA